AUGGCAUCCACAGCCAGGCGAGACGACUAUGCCAAUCCUCCCUUGGCGGACGACGACCUAAUCGAUCCAGAUGAUGCCGAUCUUGAUGACUUUGACGAUCCCCUCGGCCACACGUCCUCCCGUCAGCCACUGACUGGCAACAUCGGUUCCAGCUCUUCGUCGUCGCGACCUCUAAACGAGAAUGCCUGGACCUCGCGGAUACCUGGCGAAGACCGCGCCGCACCUCAAAACACAAUCGAUGAGUCGGUGUGGGACACCCUUCGUCGAGAUCUCCUUGCCGUGUGGGCGAAAAUGCGGGAGGUCCUCUACCCCAAGUAUCUCCUUGGGGGGACCAUGUUCGAUGCCGAUGGCCUCCGGGGCGCGUACGCGAACAUUCGCGGGGCUGGCUUCGCUGGCGCUCGUGAAGAGAUUACCGGGCUGGCAAAUCGAUUCAUGGAUUCGGAAGCUCUUCUGUCGGGCAACAAUAUGACGCCUGGUCUGCGUGACUGGGAUCUCUGGGGACCCCUCAUAUUUUGCCUGUUGCUCAGUCUUCUUCUGAGCUUCAAUGCGCGAGCAGAUCAGAAGGACGUUGUCUUUAGCGGCGUGUUUGCCAUGAUUUGGGUCGGAGAGGCCGUGGUCACGUUGCAGAUCAAGCUUCUGGGAGGAAGCAUUUCAUUCGCGCAGAGCGUCUGCAUUAUAGGAUACACGCUGUUUCCCCUGGUCAUCGCGGCGUUGCUCUCGGCGUUCGGUAUUCCGACAGUCGCCCGUGUUCCCGUCUAUCUCUUCUUGGUGGCGUGGUCGUUGGCUGCAGGAGUGAGUAUUCUAGGUGGCAGCGGCGUCGUCAAGAACCGCGUCGGUAUCGCGGUGUACCCGCUCUUUGUCUUCUAUCUCGGCCUAGGCUGCCUUUGCUUCAUCAGUUAG